AUGGUAAAAGGUCGACGUCUACAUCUCAUCAACUCCCAUAUCCUUGGUGCUUUUAAUUUUGAUAAGAAAUGCACUGCUUUAGACGAAUAUAGAGAAAGAGGAAGGCAAAUCAAUAUAAAACUUUUACACGAUAAAUUCUAUGAGCCUUUUGCAGAGGACUAUAAGCAGGUUUGGGACCUUAUGAAAGAAAAAGAGGAUUUAUUCAAUCACGUUUUAUAUGCAGAUCUGAGCAGAGAAGGGCUAAAAGAGCGCUCUCAGCGUCAAAUUAACCAUAUCGUUCCUAAAUGCAAUGUGACUUAUGAAAGUAUUCAAGAAAACCCACUGCGUAAGCUUGGCAUGCUGACCGGAAUUGGCAGCAAUGACCUUAUUAGUGGGACUAGAUCGCUUGUUCAUUUUUGCCUUUAUAUUGAGACUGUGCAAAAUCUGGGAACAGCUAAGCACCUUGGUAUUAUUAAAAGAGCCUAUGCACUAAAAGACUAUGGUUGCUGCGGAAUGACUGAGCUAGGGCAUGGCUCUAAUGUGGCUAAAGUUGAAACAACAGCAACUUAUGACCAUUCUUCAAGAGAACUUGUUAUAAAUUCGCCUACUCCAACUGCAGCGAAGUGGUGGAUCGGAGCAGUAGGGAAAACUGCUAACAUGGCUGCUAUUUUUUGUCAGCUGAUUGUUGAUGGCACCAAUCAUGGGGUUCAUGCAUUUGUGGUUCCGAUAAGAGAUUAUGAGACUCAUAAGCCUAUUAAUGGAGUUACUUUAGGUGACUGUGGGCAUAAAUCUGGACUCCAAGGGAUAGAUAACGGAUUUUUGCUGUUUAAAAAUUAUAGAGUGCCAUAUGAUGCUUUACUUGACAAAUAUUCCCAAAUUUCCCCUGACGGUAAGUUCAAAAGUCAUAUAAAAAACAAAGAAAAACGAUUUGGCCUCAUGUUAACUGGGCUAAUUACAGGAAGAUGCUCUAUUGUCAUCGUUUCUGAACUCCAUACCCGAAAUGCGCUUACUAUUGCUAUAAGAUAUGCUGCAGUAAGAAAACAAUUUGGAGGAGAAAUAGAAAGACCAAUUUUAGAUUACCCAGUUCAUAGAUUCAGGCUUAUGCCGCACCUUGCUAAAGAUUUUGCAGCAAAUAUGAGCAUGAAGCUCAUCUGUAGACUAUAUAAUGGCAGGUUUAGGCUAAUUGACAGCGAGCCUGAGUCUCCAGAUGUCACUGAGUUUCAUGCACUUGUUAGUGUGUUUAAGGCACUCCAUGGCUGGUAUGGCCAAAAAGCAAUUCAAGAGUGCAGAGAAUGCUGCGCUGGACAUGGAUUUUCGAGUUAUGCAGGCUUUGCGAAGCUUAGAGCUGAUAAUGAUGCUCAUAUGACUUGGGAAGGCGAAAAUUGGGUUGUUAUUCAGCAGACGUCGAGAUGGAUAUUAAAAGUGGUUCAAGGGACCUUUAAAGGGCAUCCUAUAAGAUCUCCAUACUUACAAUUUAUUUAUUUAAAUGCCACUAAACCAAGAUUUUCAAAUAAAGAGCAACUAAAGCACGCAGAAUGGCUGAUUUCUCUAUUUGAAUAUAGAUGCAAUUAUUAUAUCACUGAGUCACUCAAUAAAUUAUCCUAAUUUAUGAUGAAUCACAUAUUUAAAGCUUUUAAAAUCAAUUAAAUCUAUAAAUUUUAGAAUUUAAUUUAUUAUAUUAAGUUAACUUUUGAGGAUUGUACAUAAAUAAAUAUAGAAUUUUUUAAAUAAUUUGAUUUAAAAAAUAAUAUUUUAUAUAGCUUGAAAUAUAAAUUGAGCUAUUUAUAGAAAGAGUAUAUACAAGAAAACGGGAGAUCUUAUCAAGAUAUGACUGUAGCUUGGAAUCGCACCCAAGUUCACUAUUUAAUUGACCUUGCCAAAUCUUUUGGGGAACUUAUUCAGCUUAAAGAAUUCAAUAACUUUGUAAAUGACCUCACUAAAAAAUGCCCAGCAACUGGACAAGUGAUUGCAAAUGUUAUGUAUCUUUUUGCAAGUCAUGUGCUAGAUCAAGAAACUUCAUCAUUUAAAAACACUUUUGAUGCAGAGCAGGCUAACUCUCUUUCCUCUUUAAGUCAUCAAAUUUUUUGUACACAUUGCAGUGUUAUUUUUUUAUUUAAAUAAUUUUUACUUAUAAAAAUUAUGUUCUAGAAUUUGAGACAAUUAAUAAAAUUAGUAUAUAUUUUUAUUAGCAAUUUUUUUUUCUCCUACAAGGGGUAAGUGGAUUGCUGAAACCGUUGACGAGCUGUGUGACGAAGUCGGGGAAGAUUCAGUAAAAAUUAUUGAUGCCAUCGCACUUCCAGACCAUGUGAUUGCGUCAGCAAUUGGACAUAGUGAUGGGCAAGUCUAUCAGAGAUAUACUCAAGCAGUAGAAAAUGCUCCAGGAUGCUUCGAUCCUCCAAGCUGGCUAAACCUUAUCCACGAGACCCGUAAAGCAAUUAAUCUCUAA